AUGCAAGACGCGUCCGAGUCCCUCAUCCCGCAAAUCUACAAUUUUAUCCGCGUGCUGCACCUGAACCCGCUGGAGACGCUCACGAACGAGUUGUCCGACGCCGGCGCAGGAGGCCCGGCGGGCUCGCCAACGGGGCAGAGCUCCCCGGUUGGCCGGGUGUCGCCGGCAAGCCCAUCCAGCACCGUCUCAGGCAACGCCUUUCCCCGCCUCUCUCGCACGCAGCUGCAGCGGAAGCAGGAGCGGCGCGACAUCUUGCUCGACAGCUUGGCGGAGUUCUGUAGCGACCCGCGCUUCGGUAGCUUCUGCUUUAUCCACUACGAUCUCUCGUGGCGGUACUCGUCGUUGCUGCCGCAGUUGUGUCAGGUGCUGGUGAACAACGCCUACCCCAUGGGCCGCGACGACGACGCGCUCGAUCGCCUGCGGCGUGGCAACAGCUCUCGUGGCGGUCGAGGCGAGGAGAGCGGUGAUGAUGGUUGCGAGAGAGGCGGGCGCAACGGCGGUCUGCGUCUCAGCAGGGCAGCGCACGGUGUAGGGAGCGGUGGAAGCGGGAACAGAGGCGCUGGUGGCGGUCGCGCAUCAGCCGGGCCGCUCCUUCAGCGCACGCAGCGCAUCGCCCUUGAUGCCGCGACGAACAUGAUCUCCGGCAUCGCACUCCGCGCCAUCGAUGCCGGGGCCACGUCCAGCGCAGAGCACCCGGCAGCGUGUGGCUCUUCUUCCUCUCCCUCGUCGAGUGAGCUGCGCCAUUUGACGCAGCAGGCCAUGAGGGAGAAGGAGAGGCUGACUCAAUUUGCCGCCCUCUUCGAGGACUCGCCCAUGAAGAAGGGCAUCCCUUUUCUGCUGGAGCACGCCGUGCAGGUGCCGCGCGGCACGGAGGCGCAGGCGUCGAUGGCGCACCGUACGCAGCUCAUCGUGGCGGAGCCGGCGGGUGGGCGUGAAAUUGGCGAGGCCCUCUACCGACUCAGCAUUGUCCUGAACAAGCGGGUGCUGGGCGACUACAUUGGCGAUCAGGGACGCGACAAGGCCGAGGAAGCCAGCCGCUCCCCGAGCGACGGUGCGUCUGCUGCGCCGGCACCGGCCCUCUUCUCUGUUCGCUUUUUUGAGGCGCAGCUGACCGGGUUCAUUCACCAGUUCCAAUUCCACAACACACCGCUGCUCACGGCGAUACGCGAGAUGGUGUAUCUGUUGUGCCUGCCAGGUGAGUCGCAGAAGAUUGACCGCGUGAUGGAGAGCUUUGCGAAGCACUGGUAUCAGCAGAACCUCACCCGUCUCCCCAACGGCGAGGUGCAGAAGGACGAGAGCGUCAACCCGUUUCACAGCGAGUCGGGCGCCUUUGUGCUGUCCUUUGCGAUCAUCAUGCUCAACACCGAUCAGCACUCUGGCAAGGUGGCCCACCAGAUGAAGAAGGACGACUUCGUCAAGAUGAACCGCGGCAUCGACGACGGCAAAGAUGUCCCGGCCGAGUACCUGGGCCGCGUGUACGACGAUGUGCGGCAGCACGAAGUGGUGAUGGCGGAUAUGAUGGACCGUGGCUUUGGCAACGACACGACCUGGCGGCUCGAGAUGCGGCCGUGCACGAGCUUCUUACAGAUCGCGUUGGCCGACGGCGCCGCCACGGUGCAGAAGAACGCCGGCGCGGUAGAGUCGCUGGCCAGCAUGUCCGCGCACGAGCCCGUCGGCGUGCUUCUGUCGGACCGCAACACCGUCUUGCGCACCUUCGAUCCAUUUCUCUUUCAGUCGCUGUGGAAGCGCAGCCUGCUCGUGUUUGACGGCAUGCUGGAGUCCGUCGUGGACGAAGUCACGCAGGCGUCGGUGGCACGCGGGAGGUCGUUGGCGGAGGCGGUCGCCGAUGUGCAGCGACGCCUGCCAGUCGAGAUGUCCGUCCUGCAGUCGAGCCUGCGCGGUGUCUCGAUGCUGGCGCGUGCGGCGAACGCGUUCGGCUUGCCGGCCGUCGCUGAUCAGUGUCUCCUGGGGCUUCUGCGGCACGUCGUCAUGAGCCUAUCGAACGCAGAGGAGGAGGUGCGCCGUCUGUACCGCAGCGUGCCCAGGAUGCUGUGCCUGAUGGAGGUGUUUGCGCUGCUGGUGGAUGUUCACAGAAGCCUCAAGGACAGUUGGCUGCCGCUCGCGCGCCUCGUACUGGACAUGCAGCUCAUGGGCCUAUUGGUAGACUACGGCGAGAGGGCGGUCCCGCAGCAGCGGAAUUCGCGUGUCAAGGCAGACAGCGGGAACGGUGAGGCGGCGACCAAAGCCAACGAGGGGUUGCAGACCAGUAAGGUUGGCACGGCGGAAUCUGCCGGCUCCUUCGCCAUUCUUCUGCAGGACCCGGGCAUCUGCGCGAACGUCUUUGCUCCUCUCACGUCCACCGCAGCCGCGCAGAAGCAGAACGGCGAGCGGGGGUGGUUUUCAUCCUUCUUCGGCGGUGACGAGACGUCGCCGAUUUCAGAGGCGGAGUUGAGUGAGUUGCAGGCCGCCCACCAGCGCAUCCGCAGCUGCAUCCCGGACAUGCGGCAGAUGCUGUCGCUGCUGCGUGUCGUGGCCGCGGACCCGGAGCACGGCAGCCGUUGUGUAAUGAGCCUUUGUGCGGCGUGCAGCAUCAGCGCCGCGCCUGUCAUGACUUCCAGCGAUGCAGAGAGCAGCAAAAACAGCGGCGCCCACACGCACGACAGAGUACGCGCCGACCGCAUCAGCGAGGCCGCCGCCUACGCCGCGUCGUACGAACUUGCACUGAUUUGCGCCGUCGUCGGUGGCGCCUCCACGCCGGACGUGCUGCAGCCGGAGCAUCUCGCCCCUCUCACCGCCCGCAUCAGCCGCCUUCUCGCAGAGGUGGGCGCCUUCCUCGCCGACGUGCGCGCUGGCGACAACGUGCGGCGCUACUGGUUCAGCGUCGGCAGUCGAGUCGUCGGCGCCGCGGUGCAGCUGAUGGCGGCGCAUUGGGGAGGCCCGGCCGGCGCGGUGGCGUUGGAGCAGCUGUGGACGUGCUGGAUGCGUGCUCCGGCGGUGGUCUUCACGGCGGUGGUGGCACAGCACGUCUCGUCCUUCCUCUACCAAGCGGUGGUGGUGAGGGGCGCCGAGGCAGAGACUUCCGCCACUGCAGAAGCCGUCGACGGCGAGGAUGCGGCGGUGCUGCUGCGGCCGAGGCAGACAGAGCACGAAGAGCAGAUCGCUCCGUGGGCCUCCGGCAGCGAAGUCCUCGUGCUGCUCGCCCCCUUCGCCACCCACGCCGCCGCCACGACGGACACGACGGUGCAGCGGCACGUUCUGUCGAUUCUCUUCUUCGUGGUGAAGCAGGGCGGAUACGACGUCGUCGAGGACACGGAGAGCAUCGUGUCACUUUGUCUAUCCUUCAGCGUAUGGCCACGUGGCACGGCGGAUGGAAAUGUUGCCCGAGGCGGGCGCGGCAGGGACGGCACCGCGGCCAGCCUCCCGAGUGGCGCCAGCGUCGCGGAGAUCUUGAGUCUGAGCGGGCGAAACGUGCUCAUCCAACACGUUGGCAAAACCUUCGGCGAGAAGAGAGGCGAGGAGGGGUUUGACGCUACCGUCAACGACGCGGAGGGGUGGUACAGCCAGUGGCUUUUUGUGCUGCGAAGCUUAGGCGCGUUGGCCCUGUGCAGCCCGGAGGCUCGGGACGGCAGCGAGGCAUUGCUGUGCCUGCAGCGCGCCCUCCUCGACUCUGAGGCGAAGGUCCUGCCCACGUCUGCGGUGGUGGCCGUGUACAAGGACAUCUUAAUCCCCUUGACGGAGCGUUUGUGUGUGCCGAAAGCCAAGGUGCAGUCCGGCCUUCGCUGGACUAGCGCGGUGGCGAGUAGCAACGGCGGUGGUGCUGCGGCAGCUUCCGGCAGAGACGAUAGCGGUGGCAACGAUAAUUCAAAGCGUGGUAUGGUCGGCAGCAUCGUGAACGCGUUGCUCGCACCGUCAUCGAGCAGCAACGCGGAGGAGGUGGCAGCAACAGCGAUGGGGACAGGCAGUUCAACGUGCACGUCGCCUGCACGUCGCGCUUCAGCACCCACGUCGUUUGUUUCCACGGAAGUUAAGUGUCGUCUGCUGAGUUUAGUGCCGAAGGUGCUGCUGCGCUACACCGCAGCGUUGACGCGCGAUCUGGAAAUGCUGGUCUCGGUGUGGCGGCAGGUGCUCGGGACGCUGUACGCGGUGUACAGCUUCUACCCGCCCGACAGCGCUUCAGCCGACGGCGCGCAAGAUGAGGCAUCGCUGGUGCAGGAGGCGGUGGAGGAGACGGUGAAAAAUAUGAUUUACGUGAUGGCGGCGACGUGGAACGAUUCAGCGGUGCCGCAGCAGUUCACGGAGGGGAGGGCUGGCUUCUGGGUGGCGAUUGUUCGCCUGGUCCAACCGUUUCCCUUUUCCGGUCCGCUUUUAGAGUUUAUGGCAAAGGAGAAGCUUACGCACUUCGCUCCGACAGAGUCGGCGUCAUCCACCGAAAUCUAA